GAAAGAGAAUAAUUAGUCUGCCCCCAGGUUACAUGAGAACUGCACAUUUAGCAGGCCUAAUCAAGAAAAUGAAAUACACAGCAGAGUGUGGAGAUCUGGGGAGAUACUUGUAUCCAGCAUUAACGUAUUAAAAUGACUCUUCAAUUCUGUUUCAGUGACACAGAGCUGCAAAUCGCUCCAUACAAAAUGUUGUGACUUCUGGUGCCUUCUGAUCAAGAGACCAUAAUUUCUCUCACAUUCUAUAAUGAUGCCUUCAGUUAUCCACAGGAAAGAGAUGGGUGAAGAAUUUACUUCAUUAAAAUGCAGUAAAAUGUAGUUUACUAUUAAAUCUGAUGAUUGCAGCUGUCAAUAGAUUUUUACUGUGAAGGAUGCUUGUUGAGUUUUGGUCCAUUGAGAUGAGAAUUUUUUUUGGUACUUGAUAGCAGAACGAUGAGAAGAAACAAGAUAUAUACUGAACAUAAACAUGGAAGAGAGUUAGAGGCUGAAAUCUGUAGGCAAAGGUACUGCACAUGACAACUUUCUGACUAGGGUGGGUGAGAUAUGCUGCAGCUCAUCCUCGGCAUUAGGAAACGAUGGUUUCUCCGUCACUUUAUUCCUUUUAUUUUCUUCAUGAAAGAUUUUAAACUUGCGUUACACAAAUACUGUACCACUGCUCUCUGUGUAUGAGGCAGAGCAGUUAUGAUUCUCCUUGGGAGAGCUGUUACCUUGUCUUUGUGGAUGGCAAAUGUGGAUUGUUUGGAACAUAUGAAGCUGAAAAAUCUCUGCUCUUUGAAGGGCCCAUGUCUUACUUGCACUGAUCAUUCCUUCAGAGCUCACUUUCUGAACUCCUGUACCUGAUUUCCUGGCACCUGUGUCUUUGAGAAUGUUAAGUUUCCUGACCAUUCUUUCUAUUCCCCCUUGAAAAUUUAUUCUUUAGCUCCACCUCCUGGCUCUCGGUCCAUGGAAAAGAGGAUCCUUGGGAAUCACAGGAGCUCAAGAAGAGAUCAGAGGUAUUAAUCGUAGCUUACAAGCCUUGUUAGUGUAGAGGUGUAUUUGGGGUCAUUAUAGCUGGGGCAGGACAACAUUUGUUGAGUCCCCUCAUACUGGUUUCCAGAGACAAGUGUUCCUCUGAAGAGGUGAACGGUGGCUCACAAUUUUUGCAUUUUGUUGGGCUUUUGGUUUCUCAACAGUGGCAGUUUCAGUACGUAACAGACCUCACAAAACAAUCUUUCUUUAUAACUUGUUUUACUUUAGUACUUCCUCAAUUUCAUGAGGGUGGGGAAGUACAGAAGAAACUGACACUGAAACAUUAGAAAAAACAAUCUCUGAGGCCUUGCAAAGGGGUCUUGAUUCACACAGGGACAAACGCCGAGACCAGGCUCAUCCUAUUCAUUCAAGAUCUACCUAAAACCCAGAGGAACAGAGCUUAACCAUCUGGAUUUAGGAAGCUGAAAAUCAUGUCUCUUCCCCGACAGCUGCGAGAAAAGAGUGAUUUUGACCAGCUUCCAGAUGAUGUACCUGUUUCAGCUAACAUUGCAGAUAUCGAAGAGAAGAAAGGCUUUACUAAUUAUUAUAUGUUUGUCAUUGAAGUAAAGAUUAAAAGUGGUGGCAGAUACCUGAUUUUCCGACGCUAUCGUGAGUUCUAUGCCCUCCACACCAAACUAGAGGAGAGAUAUGGGGGGGAGAGCAAAAAUAGCCCUUUUACCUGCACACUCCCUGUAUUGCCAGGGAAAGUUUAUGUUGGAGCUAAAAGGGAAAUUGCUGAGAACAGGAUUCCCAUCCUAAAUAUCUACAUGAAGAACCUUCUCUGCCUACCUGUCUGGGUGUUGAUGGAUGAGGAGGUGCGUCUGUUCUUCUACCACUCAAAUUUUGAUAGUGAACAGGUGCCCAGAAGGCUGAGACGGCUUCGCCCACGGACGCGCCGAGUUAAAAGCAUUUCAUCCCAACUGCCUGUUUUGGACCGUGUAGCAACUCCUCGGGCUGAGGCACUAUUUGAUUUUUCUGGAACCAGUAAACUGGAACUCAGUUUCAAGAAAGGAGACUUGAUCUACCUCCUCAGCAGAGUAAACAAGGACUGGUUGGAGGGAACAGUUAAUGAUACCACUGGGAUUUUCCCAUCUGCUUUUGUGAAGAUCAUAAAAGAUUUACCGCAGCAGGAAGAUACAGUUAAUAAAAUACGCUGUUAUUACUAUGAUGAGACAGUAAGCACUAUCAGGGAUAUAUCAGUAGAAGAGGAUCUGAGCAGCAUUCCAUUAUUCAAAGAUCUCAUGGAACUGAUAAAGCAGGAGUUUGACCAACAUGACAUUGUUUUGAAUUACCGGGACUUCGAUGGCGAUCUGGUCCGGCUGCUCUCUGAUCAGGAUGUUGAGCUCAUGGUGUCUCAGAGCAAGAAAAUGACAACUGAGAAGCAUUUCUUCCCUUGGAAAUUGCACAUCACUCACAAGGACGACUUCAGUGUCUACAGCACUAGUCCAGCAAUAGGCGAUACACAAACAGUUAGGGCGACAUGAGUGCUGUAGGGUAGCAGUUCCAGUAGGUAGCUACAUUGUCCUUCAGGAAUCCUUCUCUGCAGACAGUUUCUUUUAACAAGGCUUUGAAGUGAGAUGAAAAGAGUAACACUUAGUAAUUUAUUACCUUUCAAUGUAAAAUCUGUACUUAGCUUUUUGAGCUGUUUAGCACUCCUCUGUAAUAAAGACAUCUUUAUGAAGACCAGAGAAAGUGAGGAAUAGAGAAGUAAAAUCACUGGAUUUGUUCCCAAAGCAAAUCACUGUUAUCUUGCAAUAGAAGUUAAGCUGAGGGUCCUGAGCCGAAGAUCUGCUCUAAUCUCCAUCCUUGCUUCCAGAGUCAAUUACUUGCCCAGAAUGUCUUCAUAAGCUUUUUUUUUUUUUUUUGUCCUCGACUGCCACUGCCUUAUUUUCACUUCUUAGUAUGAAAGUUUCUGUGCCGUUGCUUAUGAAAGCAGUAUUGAUUUCUAUCACAUGGGAGACUGACCAGACAUUCAGAGUUUGUUCUAGAAGCAUCAAGAAAGCUUUAUUUCAGCAAAGAAAUUACAGCCUGGUUUCGCUUUCUUCUUUCCACUGGCCCGUACUUCAAAAUCUGUAGAUCAAAUCUAGUAUACUUGCAGUGUUACUUAUAGACUUCUCAUAAUUGUACAGUCUAUCUGUUUCCACAUUCUGGGAUAAGUGGUGUGAUGUCUAUCCAAGUAGUAAUCUCUUCUUGGUCUCUCUUCUGCUUGCUAACCCCUCAACGCAAAACAGAACUAAUAAUAAAUUACUAUAUCAGACUUUUCAGUAAAUAAAGUUAUGCAUAUGUUUA